GCGCGUCUGCGCACGCGCGAGGUAGCUGCCCUGUCACUGUGUGCCUGUGGCCGCCAUGACACUUUACGCUGCAGCCCGCGUCUGAGAUAUAUUCUUUCCUCAGUCCGCAUCCUAUCCGUCCUGGCCCCUCGCCAUCCAGGUGACAUGGAUGAAGAAAGAAUAAGUGUUGGGUUACAGAAAAGUAUGAUGCAGGACUCGGUGACCUUUGAGGAUGUGGCUGUGGACUUUACCCAGCAGGAGUGGGCUUUGCUGGAUCUUGCUCAGAGGAGCCUCUACAGAGAUGUGAUGCUGGAAACCUUCCAGAACCUGGUCUCACUAGGGUACCCACUACUCACUCCCAAUCUGAUCUCCAAGUGGGAACAAGAGGAGGAACUGCAGACAGUGAAGACAGAACGUAUCCAGGGCAUCUGUAUGGAGCAGCACCAGGAAGGGUUUGAGUCUCUACUUAAUACUAAGAAAUUAGUUGCUUUUCAAGACAACAAUGGAGAAAAAAUAUCCAAUGAACAGAAAAUAGAGAGGUUCAAAAGAAAUGGUUCCUGCUCCUCUAUUUUACAUGAAAACCAGGACUCCCAUGGUGUGGAUGAUUGGAACAAAACCCAUGAGAAAGGUUUAAGUCAUGUGUUAGAGAACAUCUGUGAAUACAAUGAAGAAAAUCAAUGUGGACAAAUUUCAAAUCUUAUGCUCCAGAGAACUACUGAAGUCAAAUCCUUUGAAUGCUGUGAGUGUGGAAAGUCCUUCCUGUUUCAUUCAUCACUUAAGAAUCACACCAGAUCUCAUGCUGGAAACAAACCCUAUCAGUGUAAGGAAUGUGGGAAAGCCUUCCAUUUUCUUGCUUGUUUUAAGAAGCAUAUGAAAACUCCUACUGAAGAAAAACCAUAUGAAUGUAAGGAAUGUAUAAAGGCCUUCAGUUGUUCCUCCAUGUUCAGAGCACAUAUGAAAAUUCAUAGUGAAAAGGCAAACUAUGAAUGUAAGGAAUGUGGGAAAACCUUCAGUAGCUCUUCAUACCUCACAGAACACAAAAGAAUUCACAGUGGAGAUAAGCCCUAUGAAUGUAAGGAAUGUGGGAAGGCCUUUAGUUGUUCCUCAUCACUCUCCAAACACAAAAGAAUUCAUAGUGGAGAUAAGCCAUAUGAAUGUAAGGAAUGUGGGAAGGCUUUUAGCUCUUCCUCUCAUCUUAUAAUACAUAUAAGAAUUCACACAGGAGAGAAGCCUUAUGAAUGUAAAGAGUGUGGGAAGGCCUUCAGUGAAUCCUCAAAACUCACUGUACAUGUGAGGACACACACCGGAGAGAAACCCUAUAAAUGUGAGGAAUGUGGGAAAGCCUACAAUUGCCCCUCCUCCUUAAGUAUCCACAUGAGAAAACACACUGGAGAGAAACCUUAUGAAUGUCUGGAAUGUGGAAAAGCCUUCUAUCUUCCCACUUCCCUGAACACACAUGUGAAAAAUCAAAGUAGAGAGAAACCCUAUGAAUGUAAGGAAUGUGGGAAGGCCUUCAGUUGUCCCUCAUCCUUUAAAGCACAUGUGAGAGAUCACAAUGGUAAGGUGCAAUAUGAAUGUAAGGAGUGUGGGAAGGCCUUUAGUCGUUCCUCAUCCCUCACUGAACACCUAAGAACUCACAGUGGAGAAAAGCCUUAUGAGUGUAAGGAAUGUGGGAAAGCCUUCAUUAGUUCUUCCCAUCUUACGGUACAUAGAAGAACUCACACUGGAGAGAAACCUUAUGAAUGUAAAAAAUGUGGGAAAGCCUUUAUUUAUUUCUCAGCCCUUAGUAUCCACAUGAGAACCCACACUGGGGAAAAACCCUAUGAAUGUAAGGAAUGUGGAAAGGCAUUUCGACAUUCUUCAUACCUUACUGUACAUGCAAGAAUGCACACUGGAGAAAAACCCUUUGAAUGUCUGAAGUGUGGAAAAGCUUUCAGUUGUCCCUCAUCCUUUCGGAGACAUGUGAGAAGCCAUACUGGAGAGAAACCAUAUGAAUGUAAGGAAUGUGGGAAAGCCUUUAUUUGUCCAGCCUACUUUCGAAGACACGUGAAAAUUCACACAAGGGACAACAUAUAAAUGUAAGGAGUAAGGGAAUCUCUGCAAGGCUUUUUCUGAACUAAUGCAAUUUGUGAAGUCUUAUUUUGUGAAGUUUCAUACUGUAGAGACACUAUAAAUGUGAGAAAGUAGAUUAUCACUCAUUCUUUUGAAGAGUUGAGGACAACUGAGGGAAACCCUGUGUUUGUAAGCUAUAUGGUAAACCCUUUUGAUUUUGAACAUAACUUGUAUAAGAAAAUUCACAAUUUGAGCUAGAAAAGAAGAUCAGUGCCUCAUUAAAGUGGACUUCUAGAGGGUCAUUGAUUUCCAAUGUUUUCUAAUAGGAAGAUUUAAGGUUAUAUGUUUCCCUUUUCAGCUUUUAUGACAUACUUUUGAGUAUGAGGUGAGUUUCUUUAGCUGAGAUGUAAAUGUUAUUUCCAUUACAAAGUCUUUUGGACUCUUGGGAGAUUGUGUGUGUAUGUGUGUGUAUGCUUCUCCUCUGAGACAGGGUCUGGGUAUGUUGUCCAGGCCUAUAACUCCUGGACUUUUGCCUUAGCCUCCUAAGUUUGGGAGUGCAGGUAUAUAUCAUUGAGUCUGGCUCAAGUGCAUUUUUUUUUUUUUUUUUGCAGGCAGGAAAAUGGUGGGUUUUUUUUUUGUUACAGUUUGAACUCACAGUAUGGGUAUCAUUUUCUUCAUCUUCUUCUUCGUCAUCUUCGUUUUCGUCUUUGUCUUUGUCUGGAUACUGAAAGUUGCCUACCCAAUAAUCCCCCCCUUCCCUUUAAACUAAGAAUACCAACUGUUUUUGAGAAUAUCAGUGUUUACUAUCAAAAGCUUUUCAUGUGUAAUAAAAAGUUUUAGUAGAAAUUAAUUAGUACAAAGGCCUUGAAAGAGUAUAGUCUCAUCUGAUUGCUGUUUUGUGUUUUAUUCUUUAAGUUUGUUCAUGACUGGAAUAUUUUUUAAUUUAAAUUUUUUAAGUUGUUGAUGGAUCUUUAUUUUAUUUAUUUAUAUGUGGUGCUGAGAAUCGAACCCAGUGUCUCAUACACGCUAGGAAAGCACUUGACUAGUGAGCCACAACCCCAGCCCUCAUGGCUGGAAUUUUGAUCUAAUGUUUUAAGUUAAUAAAGUGUGUUAUAUUAAUUUGGAUAUGGCUGGGGACUACAUUUCCCUUAUUCACUUCUAAGCCUAGGUGAUAGUUUUCUAAAAUAACUUUGCAAGAAGUUUGAAAGGCUUUAGGGAAGGAGCUACAAUUGCCUGCUUAUUAGGACCACGAUAUAGGUAGACAGAUGAGUAGGGACCUUGUGGGCCCCAGUUUUCAACUCAUUUUUCUGAGUAUUGAAUGCCCUGAUCCAUACUUGCUCAAAACUGAAUGUUAAGUGCUUGACCUCAGUCUCCUCAGGGGCUGCACUUCCACAAACAUCUCCAUUAACUCCUGUAUCCUGGCCAAACACAACUUAGAUUUCUUUGGCAAGCUCUGGUGUUGCCAUUUUGGCAUUUUUGCUUCUCAUUGCAGUUCCUCUGGCACUUUCACUGCCCUGUUAGAGUUGACCAGUUUGCAGAAGGAUUGUCAUCAUGCUCACAGUCUAGUCCCAUCCUUCACUCUGCUUAUGGGAUUGAUGUCUAUACAAGCCUACCGUGGUCCCAAAAGUGAGUAGAGCUGUGGCUAAUGAAGUUAUCCUGACUGUAAUUGAGGCAAGCCUCAGAUAGGUGUCAUCCUAUUUUGGUAGAGGAGGAUUUAUAUUUGAUACCUUCAGACAGGGAAGAUUUUACUGCCUUUAUGUGAGAAGAGGAAUGCUAUGAGCUGUUUCAGGUACAUUUUGCUACCUCCUCCCCCUUUUUUAAAACAUUUUUUUUAAAGGGGUGGUGUUGUGGUCAGGGGUAGAGCAUUUGCCUAGCAUGUAUGAGACACUGUGUUCGAUUCUCAGCAUGGCAUAUAAAUAAAUGAAUAAAAUGAUGGUCUAUUAACAACUAAAAAUAUUUUUUAAAAUUAUAUUUUAUCUCUUAAAAGCAUAACUAUACCAUUUCCCUUAACCACUUUUUACUGUUUAUCAAGGUAUACAUACAUUAAUGUGCAAGCUGUGUACAGCUUGAUGUAAUUUCACAUAGAUGUAUACAUCCUGGUGGACACAUUUCCAGGAUUCCAGGAAGUUCAUUCAUCUCCUUUCUCAAUAAUCACUCCACAGAGGAAAUUGGAUUUUGACUCUUAUUAUGCUUGAUUUGGUGUGCUUUUUCUGACUUCUCAAAUAAAUGUUAAAACUACAACA